UAUUUUUUAUUUAAGUAUUCUCUCUCAUUUAUUUCUUUCGCUGAUAUCGUCGUAGCACUAGCUUGUUCGAUUUCAAAAGAGAGGGUAAGACCUGUUGUGGUUGAUAGUAUUAUAAACGGACUGUAGCUACAAUUCUGUGUUCUGAGGUCAGAUGUUAAACAGCCUUACUGCAUCGUUCGAUUUGAAAAGAGAGGGUAAGACCUUUUGCGGCUUGCUGACUCUGUUAAAGGUUUUCUCUCAUUACCAUAAUAAAAUUGUGUGUUCAGAGGCAAGAAAGAUCUACCAUAAAAUAAUCUAUUGUAAAAAUAAUUUGUAUUGCUUGCUUAAUAUUAAAAAAAUAUUGUAAAGUAAUGGAUAAACAAACUCGAAAUGAGCCUACAAGUCCAGCAUCCAAGCAAGUCGCGGAGAUCAGAUUUCCAUGCUUCAAUGUGGCAGCUUCUGCUCGUGAUGGUAGUUCAGCAGUAGACUACUCUCAGAAUAUGCAACUCAGAGACAGCAAUCUUCCCUUGUUGAGUUCUAGUGGGGGUUAAGGAUUUGUUAAAGAAAAAAGAAAGUGUGUUUUUUGAAGCAUAAACCCCCAUACUCAACAUUUUCUUUGACGCAGGAUUGUCUUGGGAAAUCCUUUCUCUUCCUGGCUAAUGGAUGGGCUCAUCAGAAUUCUCUUUCCUGCCUGUGACGAGCUUCCUCUUCUUGAUUUCAAGAAGAGUCACUCUGAUCCGCAAUGGCAGAACCUUACCAAUUUUCCUGAGACAUUAUUGCCUUUCAUUCCACACGAAUUUUGCCCAGCCUUCAAUUUCAGACAUGUUUCCAGAUAGAAACAUUGACCUCGCAGCAGAGGCAGCAGAAUAGAUGGAGAAGGCUCUCUAUUUUCAAUUACCUACCAUGUGACAUGCACUUUUGGAUUCUAGUUCCUUGACAUCACUUAGUUCAUCACACAAGGAUUUGCUUUUAUCUAUAUGGAAGAUGAGAGGGAUGCUGAGGAUGCAAUUCGAGGCCUUGAUCGGAUAGAAUUUGGCCGCAAGGGUCGCAGGCUUAGGGUUGAAUGGACUAAGCAAGAACGAGGCAUCAGAAGGCCUGGUAACUCUAGAAGAUCUUCAACUAAUACCAGACCAUCCAAGACAUUGUUUGUCAUCAACUUUGAUCCUCAUCAUACGAGGACAAAGGACUUGGAGAGGCACUUUGAGCCCUAUGGCAGGAUAGUGAGCGUUAGGAUUAGGAGAAACUUUGCAUUUGUUCAGUAUGAAUCACAGGACGAUGCAACCAAGGCAUUGGAAGCUACAAAUAUGAGCAAGUUAAUGGAUCGAGUUAUUUCAGUGGAGUAUGCAGUUCGGGAUGAUGAUGAGAGGAGGAACGGGUACAGCCCUGAUAGAGGUCGUGACAGGUCACCCGACAGGCGAAGCCAUGAUAGGAAGAGGUCUUCAAGUCCUUACCGAAGAGAAAGGGGAAGCCCCGAUUAUGGCCGCGGCCCUAGCCCUGGUCCUUACCGUAGAGAAAGGGCUAGCCCAGAUUAUGGUCGCCGUCGCAGCCCAAGUCCUUAUAAGAGGGACAGGGCUAGCCCUGACUAUGGACGGGCUUCAAGCCGCAGUCCUUACAGGAGAGAGAGGCCUGGAAGUGAUCAUGGUCGUGGUUCCAGCCGUAGUCCUUACCAUAGAGAAAGAGCUAGUCCAGACAAUGGCCGUGGACACAGUGCCAGUCCUUACCAAAGGGAAAAAGCCAGCCCGGAUAAUGGUCGUGAUCGCAGCCGUAGUCCAUAUGGAAGAGAAAGGACUAAUCCUGACAAUGGUCGUGGUUCCAGUCGAAGUCCAUACGAGAAGGAUGUGAACAGUCCUGAAAAUGGUCGUCGAACCUCUCCAAAUUCCAUGCAUGAAGAAAGGGAUAGCCCCAAUGAAGGUGGAAUUGAAAGCCCCAUGCAUGAGAGAUUUCAGAGUCGUUCACCCCCAGCAGAUGAAUGAUCCGGUGCUUUAGAAAGAAGUGAUGGUCCUGGGAGCUGGGCUCAGUUGGCAGUGUUCCUUUAGUUGCUAUUUCCAUGACUGACACUUAUGAAGUUAAGGACAAGUUAUGAUCUUCAUUUUGUAAUGUAGAAAGUAGGAAUUUGUAGUUUUCUGCUUCUAUUCUGUGGAAAAAAUUUAUGGGUUUCUUUACUGCUUUUUGAACUAGAAGCCUUUAUAUAAAACAUGCGACUUCUGCCCCA